UCUCACAAACCUGGCAGACACUUUGCAAAGUUUACAGUGCAUUUGCAGCUUUCUCUUUUGACAUCUGGAAAGGGGUCAACGAUGGUUCUCUUCAGUAUGUUGAUAAUUUCGUUCAGAUACGGCGCUAAAUGCUUCCCGCAUACCUCCAGCGUGAGAGUCAACAUUUCCACGGCCGAGAGCCGAAGCUCUUCCGCCGGCUCCAGGAUCUCUUUCUCCCCGAGCCUCUGAGCCAGACAAGGCAUGAGAUAAGGCAGCGACUCUUCCGGUUUGGGGACACAACGAAUAAACUCUGUUAUCAUCGUUAUCGCGGUUUCUCUGCAUCUUUCCAUCGGGUCUGAAAGACAUUUGAGGAGAGGCUUGAGGAGGGCAGAGAAAACCUCCUGUAAGACGCUGCUGGAAAGUCCUUUAUCUACAGUCUCCCUUUUGAUUAGCUCAAGGGCCUUCAUUCUUGUCGACUUGUUGUCUUCGUUUAGGCAGUUUAAAUGUCGGGCGAGUCCUCUCAAAACUUCAGAGGCAGCAUGCUCAUCUACAGCCGCCAUCGCUGCCAUCUUGAGUGCCGUUAUGGCAACCUGCAGCUGCACGACAAACAAACGGCUGCUUUACGAGUGGAGGUUUCCUUUAGUUAAAGAUUUCUACCUGCAGACCGGCGCGUGCUCGCUGCUGCUGGCCUCGAGAGAGCGCCGCUGCGGUCGAGAGAUGACAGAUUGACGUCAUCGGGACUGACGCAGAGCCAGCCGAAGUAGCGGAGAGGCAGAGCAGCAGCAUCCUAUCUGACAAACGGCACCUCACCAAUCUCCCACCACCAGCGAGGUGUUUUUCUCAUUGAGCAUCCUCCAAAAAUAACGAGAUAAAAGAUAAGAUGGCCACCUCCUCCUCCACUCUGGAAGAAGACGAGAGUUUGAAGGGCUGUGAAAUUUUUGUGCAGAAGCACAACAUCCAGCAGAUCCUCAAAGAGUGCAUUGUGAACCUCUGCAUUGCCAAGCCUGAGCGUCCUAUGAAGUUCCUGCGGGAGCAUUUUGAAAAGCUGGAGAAGGAAGAAUGCAAGCAGAUCAUGGCACGUCAGAAAUCUAACAGCCAGUCGGACUCGCACGAUGAUGAGGUUUCUCCCCCACCGCCCAACCCUGUCGUCAAGGCCCGGCGCCGCAGGGGAGGGGUCAGUGCCGAGGUCUAUACCGAAGAGGACGCUGUCAGCUACGUGCGCAAGGUGAUACCAAAGGACUACAAGACCAUGACCGCCUUGGCCAAGGCCAUCUCUAAGAAUGUGCUGUUUGCUCAUCUGGACGACAAUGAGAGAAGUGACAUAUUUGAUGCCAUGUUCCCAGUCACUCACAUUGCAGGGGAAACAGUUAUCCAGCAAGGCGAUGAAGGAGACAACUUCUAUGUGAUUGACCAAGGUGAAGUGGAUGUGUAUGUGAACGGGGAGUGGGUGACCAGUAUUGGAGAAGGAGGUAGUUUUGGAGAACUGGCCCUGAUCUAUGGGACUCCCAGAGCUGCCACCGUCAAGGCCAAGACUGAUCUUAAAUUGUGGGGCAUCGACCGAGACAGCUACCGGCGCAUCCUCAUGGGCAGCACACUGAGGAAGAGAAAGAUGUACGAAGAGUUCCUUAGCAAGGUCUCUAUCCUUGAGUCUUUGGAUAAGUGGGAACGUCUGACUGUGGCCGAUGCUCUGGAGCCAGUUCAGUUUGAGGAUGGGGAGAAGAUAGUGGUGCAAGGAGAACCUGGUGAUGACUUCUUCAUUAUUACAGAGGGAAUAGCCUCUGUUCUGCAGCGCAGGUCCGACAAUGAGGAGUAUGUAGAGGUUGGACGCCUUGGACCCUCUGACUACUUUGGUGAAAUCGCCCUGCUGCUGAACCGUCCCAGGGCAGCCACUGUAGUCGCCCGUGGCCCGCUCAAGUGUGUGAAGCUGGACAGGCCUCGCUUUGAGCGUGUGCUGGGGCCGUGCUCAGAGAUCCUCAAGAGGAACAUCCAGAGAUACAACAGCUUCAUCUCCCUCACCGUGUGACAGGUCGGCCCCUCAGGGCCCCACCAGCAGGGGAGGGCAGCAUCAGCAUCAGAGUUUUGAUCCGUGGGUGGGAAGAGGUGAGGAUGCGGGGUGAAGGACACGGGUUUUACAUCCACAGUGACAGGGCGCUCGUUUUCCUGCUUGUUUUGUUUUUCCAUUUUGCUUGUUUUCUUUCAUUUUAUUUGAUCUUGUGCACUUUGACUUGACCUGUGCUGUCAUGUAGCUUUAUGUCAAAAACAACAUGCAGGAGUGUAAAAAUCAGAGCGAGGACAGAGAUCAUACAACUGUAAAUGACUCAUGGAUACAGUGCGUCAGCUGUAUAUGGUGCAUGCUUCUAGACUGACAAAGAAUGGCGUUUGCACUUUCAUGAAUUCGGAUGAAUUAUACGGAUGAAUUCAGGAAACAAGAAGAAAGUAAAGUCAUGUUUACGUACAGCGGGGGGAAGUGAGUACACAUUUCUUUUUCUCGCUGGCUGUGGUUUGCCUUUUUAUCACUUCUGGGUGUGCGUGGUGCCAUAUCUAAGUCAAAUCAGGCCCACACUACACAGACCUCUGUUCCCUCAAGCAUAGAUGUAGAGGUAUGAAAAAAACCAAAUUUUUGCCUGUUUUAUUCAUUUUUAGUGCUUCUUAAGUGUGCUUUUACUGCUGUCAUCAGUUGGGGGGGUUGAUAAAUUGAGUUAUAAUUUUAUGUGGCGUGUGCCAGCCAGAUUAACUGACAAGUUGCUUUUUUUUCUCAAGAAAUCAUCUCUAUCCCAAUAUUCCCUGAAGUGGGUUCAGUCUGAAAUGUGAGCUGUGGUAUUCCAAAGGUGCAGUAGUGUUAUCAGUCCAGUCCACAAUCACACAGUCUGAAACACACUGACACAAAACACACAACCAUACUGUAUACGCUUACACUGUCUCAGGACUAUGUGAAUCUUCAACACACACACACACGUCUUACCUGAUGCUUUUUUAAGCUGCUUUUUUUUCCUAGGUGAAAGCUUUUGCACCAUUUUAGUUUGUAACAUUCGUCCAAUACAGAAGUUUGAGUUCGCUGUUUUUAAGACAUGACUUGUAUGUUAUAAAUAUAUAAAAGAAAGAGGUAGAAAAUAUACUUGUGUUGCUUUCCUUUGAUCUACUGUAAUCUGCCAAAGUUGCUCACCUGACCCAGCGACUGAUGUUGUAUUAAACAGGACCUUAAGAAAAAAAUCUUUCUGUAUUGUCUCUCUCUGUAUCUCAUUAUUUCAACUAUCAAACCAUCUUGAGCAAAUAAAGGUAAGCUUCUGAAAAUCCU